AUGCAGCAGAGCCCGAGCGCCCAGCUCGCGGUCGUUGGACUCAACGGCAGCGUAGCGCUUAACAGGACUUUUAACCAGCUUAACCAGUCGUGGAGUGACCUCGCUGACCUGGACAGGAGCAGCUUCGUGGCGGACGGUUCUGCCGUGCUGCGGAUCCUCAUCUCCGUGGUGUACUCGGUGGUGUGCGCGCUCGGCUUGGUGGGCAACGUGCUCGUGCUCUACCUGAUGAAGUCGCGGCGCGCGUGGAAGAAGUCCUCCAUCAACCUGUUCGUGACCAGCCUGGCCGUGACGGACUUCCAGUUCGUGCUGACCCUUCCGUUCUGGGCCGUGGAGAACGCGCUGGACUUCGCGUGGCCCUUCGGCAAGGCCAUGUGCAAGAUCGUGUCCUACGUGACGGCGGCCAACAUGUACGCAAGCGUCUUCUUCCUCACGGCCAUGAGCGUGGCGCGCUACCGCGCCGUGGCCUCGGCGCUCGAGAGCCGGCGGCGGCGAGCGCGCGUGCGCGUGCCGGCGCGCUGCCUGAGCGCCGCCGUGUGGGCGAGCGCGAGCGCGGCCGCCCUGCCGCACGCGAUCUUCUCCACCACGGCGGCCGUGAGCGGAGACGAGCUGUGCCUGCUGCGCUUUCCGGACCGCAGCGGCGACGCGCAGUUCUGGCUUGGCCUCUAUCACGCGCAGAAAGUGCUGCUGGGCUUCCUCAUCCCCUUCGCCAUUAUCUCCGUCUGCUACCUGCUGCUGCUGCGCUUCAUCACCAGCAAGCACGCCAACAGCUCCGGCGCUAAGAGACGCUCCAAGGUCACCAAGUCCGUGACCAUCGUGGUGCUGUCCUUCUUCUUGUGCUGGUUGCCCAACCAGGCGCUGACCGCCUGGGGCAUCCUCAUCAAGCUAAACGCGGUGCACUUCAGCUACGAGUACUACACCACGCAGGUGUACGUGUUCCCCGUCACCGUGUGCCUCGCGCACUCCAACAGCUGCCUCAACCCCAUUCUGUACUGCCUGAUGAGGAGAGAGUUCCGGAAGGCCUUGAAGAGGCUCUUCUGGCAGAUCGCCUCCCCCACGGUGACCACCAUGCGCCCCUUCACGGCAUCCACGAAGCCCGAGCAGGAGGAGCAGGGGGGCGCGCUGGCCGUGCCACGCGCGCCCGAGCCCAGCCUCAUCUUCUACCCGCCUGGAGUGGUCAUUUAUAACGGCAAGAAUGACCUUCUACCCAACAGCACAUAG